ACUCCGCGUCCGCUCACUGGCAGACACCCACACACCCACAUACCAGCUCUCGUUUCCAUUACUUGAUUACUGUGCUCAGAUCUACAUCUCUCUCAUCCAUUUCUCUCUGUCUGUCUCUUUGUCUGUCCAUCUCUCUCUCUCUCUCUCUCUCUCUCUCUCUCUCUCUCUCUCUAUGUCUCUCCACAUUUCUUUGAAUCCUUCUAGUCACUCUCCCUCACUCGUUCACGUUAUCGCAAAGCAGCAAAAGGCACCAGCAAAAGCUAUCAGACAGGUGUGAGGAAGGAGUGAGGGAGUGAAGAUGUGGUUUAUGAAGCAUGGUCUAGCCUUUGUCUCCUCCAUCUGGAGUGCUCUGCUCUGCCUUUCACUAAUGGCCGCCGUGGUGGGAGCGGAUGUGCCGAAGAGGAGUCUGUUCUCGUGGAAAACAGGUGUGUGGGGUGUAUGUGUAGCUCAGGAGUGUGGCUCUCCUGGACUGCAAGUGCGGUCAGUGUGGUGUGUUCACUCUGAAGGAUGGAGCACACAUCAGUCCAACUGCCACCUCUCUGAGCGUCCAGCGCAGCAGCGCACCUGCAUAAGUGUGUGUGAGUGGCAGAGGCAGCUGUUUGAGUGGCAGUUGUCUCCAUGGGGUCCCUGCAACCCGUCCCCGCCACUGUUGCCCAACCGGUGUGUGACGGCACAGCGUGGGCUGCAGAGACGCACCAUGACAUGUGUGCGUCGCUCUAACAGCACAGCUGUCAGCAUACAUGUGUGUGAGGCAUUUUCUCCCUCACCGGAGCUUGAACAGGCCUGCUUGUUGCCAUGCCCGCUGGACUGUGUGGUCUCCGCCUUCUCUGAUUGGUCACCUUGCAGCCGCACGUGUGGCCCCGCCCUGCAGCAGCGCACACGGCAGGUGCUGGCACCACCCCUUUAUGGUGGAGCGGAGUGUCCCAGCCUUACUCAGACCCGGUCCUGUAGCCAUGACACCACCCAUCCUGCCCAUUGUCCCUCCGAACAACAGGAGCACAGCUACAGCUUGUGGGCGGGGCCUUGGAGCCAGUGUAGACGCAAAGGGACACUGCCCAGCGGAAGGACCACAGUGAACUUUAUUAACGGCCUGAGUGGACAUAAAGGAGUCCCACCUUCACAUACAGUUAAACGGCAUUCUGAGAACAUCCAGUUUGAACAUGACCACCAUGACCACCACAGAGGCCUUAAAGCAUCAUGGGACAUUCACACCGGCUACCAAACGAGGCAGCUUCGUUGCACAAGGAACGAUGGCAAGAAUGCCAUGCUGAGUCUUUGUGAUCACGAUCCCGCCCCGGUGAACUUUAGAUCUUGUGUGAUGCCCAGAGACUGUGAAGUGUCUGAUUGGUCAGCGUGGAGUCCGUGCUCUAAAACCUGCAGGACGGCUGACCAGUUACCAGGCUUCAGAAGUAGAAAGCGCAACAUGAAAAGGAUCCCCAUUGGUGGGGGAGAAGAAUGCCCUGUUCUAGAAGAAGCUCAGACGUGCAAUGCUCUUGUAGACCUACUCCCAUUCUGCCCAAGGUAUGACUGGAAGGUGACAAACUGGGGUUCAUGUCAGGUGAGACCCCUUCUCAGUCAGCAGGAUCAUCGCCAUGGCAACAGCAGCUUCCUGUGUGGAGGCGGAAUCCAGACCCGGGAGGCAUACUGUGUUAGGAUCUCUGAAAACACAACAAUGUCCCAUUUGUCCAGGCCUGUUGGGCGGAGCUUCUGCUCUUCUCCUCUUCCUCUGCUGAUCCAGCCCUGCUCUGUCCCGUGCUCCAAACCAUGCCGUCUCUCACCUUGGUCGCCAUGGGGACCUUGUGUUCAUGACAACCGUGUGGAGCAUCAUGGGAAGAAAGGUUUCAUGUUAAGGACACGCUUUAUAGUUGAGGAGGUAUGGGGUCAGUCUGAGAGCUGCCCUCACAUUACUGAAGCUAUGACCUGCCAUGACCCCAUAAGCUUCAAGUGGCGGGUGACAACACAAGGUCCCUGCAUGCCUCAGGAUGGAGCCUGUGGUCGCGGAACACAGGAUCAGAGCGUGGAGUGUGUUACGGUGACAGGAGAGACUGUCCCCAGCGUGAAGUGUCUGGUAGACCCUCCUCCACUUCAGCAGCUGUGUGAGAUGCCCUGUCCUGGGGACUGCGUGCUGGGACCCUGGAGCUCCUGGUCACCCUGCUCACACUCCUGCUCUGACAAAUAUGCAGAGGGCAAAGAGAGUCGCUCCCGUUCCAUCCUUGCACCUCCAACAGAGCAAGAGAAAGGAUGCUUGCCUGCCCCGGUUCUGGAGCAGUGGAGACCCUGUGGCACCCACCCAUGCAUGGUGUACUACUGGGUUACUUCUGUGUGGGGUCCCUGCACUCCAGACCUCAGCAUGGAGCAGAAUACCACAGCCCAGGAGGAUGCUGUGGAGAGAGGCUGCGGCACUGGCAUGCAAACUCGACAAGUCCACUGCAGGAGAGCUGACAAUGGACAUGUGGCGCCAGGACGGUGUCCUGAAUCCACCCGUCCAGAUGAGGUCCAGUCCUGUACUCUUCCAUGCAAAGUGGAGUGUGUUGUAACCCCCUUCAGUGAAUGGAGCCUGUGUCCAGCUUCUUGCUCACCAGUGAAUGCCACGAUCAGCACCCAGUCACGACACCGGAUUAUUAUUCAGAGGCCAGCUAAUGGCGGUCAGGAAUGUCCAGCCACACUCUUUGAGGAGAGAGAGUGCAACCCACCACCUCUUUGUCCAACGUACAGAUGGCAGACACACCGCUGGCACCCCUGCAUUCUAGUACCUGAUUCAGUGAGGCAGGCUGUGGGAGGCCAUACAGAAGCAUGUGGGAUUGGUCUGGAGACCAGAGCCGUUACAUGCGUUGGUGUGGAUGAUGCCCCUGCAGACGUGGCAGAGUGUGUGAAGUGGGCAGGUGUGAUGCCUGCUGCUGUGCGAAAGUGCCGGGUGGCGUGCAGAGACGACUGUACCUUCAGCUCUUGGAGCAAAUUUUCUUACUGCCAGGGCUGCGGAAGCUGGCGCACUCGCUCUCGCUCACUCAUAGGCCGCAGUAAGAAGCGCUGGCGCUGUCAGAAGGAGGCACUGGUAGAGAGGGAGGCCUGUCCUUGCUCAGAGUAUCACACACAAGUCCAUGGAUCAUGGUCACCCUGCCUGCUCCCUCAGCAACAUCACCAGACUGGAUUUAUACUCACACGGAGGGGCUACCAUCAGAGUAAGGGGAGCACCCAAGGCUGGCGGGCUCAGAAAGAGGGGAAGGAGUGCGGGCAAGGGUGGCGCUACAGAGCUCUGGCAUGUCUGGACCACCAGGAAGAUCUAGUUGAACCAGCUCACUGCAAUAGUAGCGGUAUUGAAAAGGAAGUGUGUCUUGUGCCCUGUCCUUUGGAUUGCAAGCUGAGUGAGUGGUCUGCCUGGUCCUCCUGCAGCGCCCCCUGUGGCGGAGGGGUGAAAAUGCGCUCUCAGUGGCUAAGAGAGAAGCCCUUCAAUGGAGGUCGAUCCUGUCCGAAACUGGACUUCAAAAAUCAGGCUCAGGUGUCUGAGGUAGUGCCUUGCUACUCUGAGUGUAAUCCGUAUGUUUGGGAAGCCGAGCCUUGGUCUGCAUGUGUCAUCGACCCACCCAGCACCUUAAACAGUUCUAGCACAUCUCAACCAUUAUGUGGAGAGGGUGUCCAGAUGCAUAAAAUUUGGUGCGUGAAAAAGGAAGAGGAGAGACGGAUCAUUGUGGAUGACUCUCUGUGCGACCAUGGAGAACAGCCAGUGGCUGCCCAAGCCUGUCUUCUGCCUUGCCCUGGUCUUUGUGUGACAUCGGAAUGGAGCCAGUGGAGUGAAUGCCCUGUGGGCUGUAAUGAGAGAGAAUUGAGGUGGAGGAGUAGGACAGUGUUGAGAAUGCCAGGAAGUGGACACACCUGUCCUCAGCUAAAUCAAACUCAGUCUUGUGCCAACACCACCUGCCUUUCAUAUUCUUAUGCUUACUCAGACUGGAGCAGUUGUCAGCUCAGUGACAAUGCUGUAUGUGGUCAAGGAACUAAGACACGCCUGCUGAAUUGCAUCCGCAGUGACGGGAAGCUGGUGGAGCUGAACAUGUGCAAAGAGUGGGGUCCCUCACGAGGGAAGCUCUCUGCUCCAUGUGAAGUGAGCUGCCCAGUUGAUUGCCUGCUGUCUGACUGGUCACUUUGGUCAGAGUGCUCACACACCUGCGGAGCCCAAAGUCAGAUGUCUCGCUCCAGAGUAGUUCUACAGCAGGCAGGAGAAGGCGGCCGCCCCUGCCCCUCUCAGCUUUCCCAAACCAAGCCCUGUCCCAUCAGGCCCUGCUACAGCUGGAGGCUAGGAGAGUGGAGCUCCUGCAGGGUCGAGGGUGCAGAGUGUGGGGAGGGGUUGAGGGAGAGGAAUCUGUCAUGUGUGGUGCAUUGGGGCUCCCUCUCUGGGCCUCCUUUUCCCAAAGCAGUGCCAGAAGAGCACUGCAUGGAGAGCAGAAUGAGUAAAUCCAUUGGGACGGAGCUCCACCAGCCCUGCUCUGUACCCUGUCCAGGAGACUGUCACUUGACUGAGUGGUCAGCAUGGAGCACGUGCCAGCUACUGUGCCUGGAUGGAAGGAGUUUUGAGACGUCUGGACGGCAGGCGAGAUCCAGAGCAGUGGUUAUGCAGGUUCCAGAGAGCAAGGACUCAUGUCCCAGCCAAGUCUAUGAGACACGACCAUGCCAAGGAGGAACAUGUCUCAGUUACGAGUGGAUCACAGGUGGAUGGAGGAAUAAUCAGAGAGCCGUAUGGUGCCAGCGUUCUGAUGGGGUUAAUGUCACUGGAGGGUGUUUUCUUCAGAACAAGCCUUCCACUGUCCGUCACUGCCACCCACCCUGCGCCAAGCCCUUCUCUUUCUGCACACAGAGUGGGGUUUGUGGUUGUGAGAGGGGUUUCACAGAGGUCAUGACAUCUCACGGCUUCCUGGACUACUGUACGAGAACACCAGGGCCAGAUUAUAAGAAAGCAGAUGUGAAGACCAGCGCAGGACGCCUAAGGCCCAGCCACGUCCAGCACAAGAACCACCCAAGAGAGUGGGCUCUACAACCCCUUGGCCCAGCUGCUUUCCCUGUGUUAAUUGCCAGAUGGACGGGUCAGGCUGUGGGUGUACGGGCUGAUGGCAGCGGGCUUCAUCAUGAUUCUGCUCAUCAUCACAAUGUCCUUUCUGCUGUGUAAAAACCAUAAAGACAGUCCAAAUGCUGGCAGCACCCAAAAGACUCUGGCACUGGCCUACGAUGGAGAUGCAGACAUGUGAUUCUAUUCUGUCACUGGACCACAACUCCAGCUUAUGCAACUCCUGAGACCUCCUGAGUAGGUCAUUCCAGCUGCAGCAAAAAGAUUUCAAGAACACAAAAGUCAAAGACACCAUGCUGUUUUGAACCAAGCCUUGUGCCUCUACAUGUAAUAUGUGGGUUUUGGUGGCUAAUCCUUUAGAGCAAUUUUGGAUGAGUGUAAUCAGCUUUGAUUAUCACAAAACAAAUGUUAGAGAACUGUUGCAAAAUAGAACGUAGAUCUGAUGUGAUUGGUACUUUUUCCUUCAGAAUCUGCAAACAUUGUAAUGUGACAUGUGAGGAGAAAAACGAGUGAGUCCAUUUUUGUCGAAGCAGCUUCCCUUUAUGCACUAUGUUAGUGCAGUGUAAAGUGUAACACUCUAUAUUAGUGCAUUGUCUUUCUGCCUUUACAUUGUAAACUUACAUUUAAUUGUUGUUUUUUAUGAUGUCACAUGUUGCUGGCUGAUUAUUCUUGGGCCUUUUUGGUUUUUUAAUCUGAUUUGACUGAUCUGAUAGAGACUGAAUUGUAUAGUUGCAUUGAAUACUGAAAUUCCAUUGGGUGCUGCUGUGGCCUAAUUCAAACCUAAAGCCAAAAUUCAAUCAGAAAUGCUUAGAAAAAUAAAUGGCCCAUGAGGAUCAGCAAUAGUUAGAUAACUCUUUUGUGGUAAUGUAUGUUGUAACUGUGUCUUAAAUGGUUUCUAAAUAAAUCAGAGAAUUCUGAGAAAACACUGAAGUUACUUUCUGUGUUGACAUUCAUUCAGUACCAGUACUGUGCAAAUGUCAUAGACCACCCUGCAUUUAGUUCAUUUCUGUUCAGAAUGGUCAUGAAGUUAUUCUUUUUUCACAUGAUUAUAUACAAUAAUCCACUUGCAUAAGAAAGGAAAAAGAUCUGUUAGGUUGCCAAACUGUAACCAGAAGAUAAACUGUACUUAAAACAUUCAUCUUUGAGAAAGUGCUUCAGAGCUGAAAGAAUUCACAGGUCUCAAUGGCUGUUCACAAAAGCCCUUACAGAGAAAAGGAAACAGACAAAAAUAAAAUAGAAAAUACAAUUUAAAGAAGUUGGUCUUCUCAGAACAAUGGAAUAGUGGCCAGCCUAGAGUCUAGACCUCAACAUCACGGAAUGUGUUUGGAAUUACUUGGACAGUG